CCCCUCAGUUAUUCCAAAGGAAUUAUUCUCUAUGUUCAAAACUAACUACAACUCCCAUUGUGCUUUGUAAUGGAGCUGUUCUACCUAGCUGCAAAGGGGCGCUUUAUUUUUUUAAUUGUGUUUUCCAGGUAUUCGUUAGGAUUUCUUCUAAAUUAACACAUUGUAAUAUUACAACAACGAUAAACGGAGCAUUUUAACGUGUGCAUCUACUAUCCGCCCAUGACUUAAGUACACUUAUGUAUAACCUUUAUCACCCUUAAAUGGACUUUUCUAACUCCAAGGUAACGUGUAUCAACAAGCACCUGUUCUGUCUUGUACAUUGGAAGACUGUUAACUUUUUAUCUAUCAUCAGACAGAUCACGUGUAUACAUUGUCUACAUUCCACAUAGCACCAUGCCUGUGGAAGCAGGAAAAACAGAUAUGGAAAGAGUCGGCUACUUUAGUGAGAUGGGAUAUAUCACGAUUGGGGACAAAUAUGUGUCACCUCAUGGUAAGCCCUUUAAUGAAGAUGCACAUAAGAAAAGGCAAAUGAUGUCAACAAGUACUAAAGUGAGGUCAGCCCUUCAGACAGGAUACUUUGAACCUCAAUUCAGCCGGAUUUUUGAAGGUGAAAGCUAUUCCAAUCCUAUGCAGUUAAGGCGGCAGUAUCGACUGCAACAAGCCAAGAAAAACAUAGGCAAAGCCUUUCUUCCUAGCAAUGGAGAGAAAAAGCCAUCAGGAUUAGGCAACUUCUAUGGAACAUUGAGUGGUCCAAUACCAGCAUUGAGUGCAGCAAGUAAGCCAAAACAGCCUUACUCCUCACCAAAAAAGAAUCUUUUUACAAACCCACCAAAGCAUGGAACUGGAUAUGGUUAUCCUAAUCUGACCAUAGGCAAACAGUAUGAAUACUCCACUGAUCCCUAUGACAGAAUAAAAGAACUGAGUAAGAAGGAACUCGAGACUCACAAGAAACUAAUGAAAGCAGGGUCAUUUUAUGUAAACAUGCACCCCAAGGACUAUUUUGAAGGUAAUCCGUACAAAUCUGACAGACCCUUGCCUCCCCCAAAAAGAAUUGAAAGAAAACAUCAUGAUGUGAAACCAUUCAAACCAAGUUCACCUCCAAAAAUGGUAGGUGGUAUGAAAGCUGGAACAUUUGAUCCUUAUCCAUCCCAUUCUAAUGAUCCUUAUAUCAUUAAACGUUCCAAGAGUUCCAGCCAGAAGGGGGUGAAGGCCUUCCAUCCAUCACCUGGACAAAAGAGCACACUAACCCACAGCAUAGUGUCAGCAAAUGUCAUAAAGGCGGUUAAUCCCAUUAACUACAGAACUGUGCAGAGUGUAAUGGCAUACUGAAAAGCAAAGCCCAUCUGAAGAAUGAGCUGCUUGGAAGAAAAAGUACUUGGAAUACUCUAGUCAAACAUCACAGAUUUUUUUUGUGCUCUUUGUGAAACUCCCAAAGAAAUUUAGAUGUCAUAUCAAAAAAUAAAUUAAAAAUGACAUAAUCUCA